UACCCAGUUGGCCUGAACCGCGCAACCAGAGACCAUCUCUCUGCUGUGAUGCACUAGCUUGCGGUUUCCCUGUCUGUUGAGUGUGUUCUUGUGAGCUGGGAGCAGUGAGAGCACGAAUGGCUGAGUUUGUAAUCAGGCCUCUGGUCUCCAUGUUGAUGGGGAAGGCGUCCAAUUACCUCCUGAAGCACUACAAGGUGAUGGACGGCAUGGAGGAGCAGCGUGAGAUCCUGGAGCGCAAGCUUCUGGCCAUCUUGGACAUCAUCGAAGAUGCGGAGGAGAAAGGAGCUCACCGACCUGGAGUGACUGCUUGGCUCGAAGCGCUCAAGAAGGUGGCCUACGAGGCGAAUGAUGUCUUCGACGAGUUCAAGUACGAGGCGCUCCGGCGUGACGCCAAGGCGAAGGGGCACUACAGGAAGCUUGGCUUUGAUAUCGUAAGCCUCUUUCCUGUUCAUAACCCCAUUGUAUUUCGGUACAGAAUGGGCAAGAAGCUGUGCAGGAUUGUGCACCUCAUCGAGCUCCUUGUCAUAGAGAUGAAUGCCUUUGGAUUCAGAAACCAGCUGCAAGCACCACCAUCCAAGCAGUGGCGUAUCACAGAUUCUAUAAUCAUGGACUCCGAGAAGGAUAUUGUCAGCAGGUCCAGAAAUGAAGAGAAGAAGAAGAUCGUGAAUAUAUUGAUUGAUCGAGCUAGCGACAGAGAUCUCACUGUCCUUCCCAUUGUUGGAAUGGGUGGGCUGGGCAAGACCACCUUUGCUCAGCUUCUCUACAAUGACCCUGAAAUCAAGGAGUAUUUCCAGCUCCAGAGGUGGUGUUGUGUGUCAGAUGAUUUUGAUGUUGCUAAGAUUGCAAGCAGCAUCUGUCAGACCUAUGAGAACAAUCGUGAAAAGGCAUUGCAGGACCUUCAAAAGGAAGUAAGUGGGAAGAGAUACCUUAUUGUGUUGGAUGAUGUCUGGAAUGAAGAUGCUGAUAAGUGGGAAAAACUCAAGACCUGCCUGAAGCACGGUGGCAAGGGGAGUGUAGUAGUGACGACCACCCGUAAAACAAAAGUGGCUCAAAUUAUGAAAACGUGUAUCGAUGAUAGCCAUAAUCUCGGAGAUCUUCAUAAAGUAUUUCUGAAGGAAAUAUUUGAGAAUAGAGCCUUCUGUUUGCAGAAGCCAAACGCUCCCGAGCUAAGUGACGUGGUUGAAAAGAUUAUCAACAGAUGUGGCGGCUCUCCUUUAGCUGCCAAAGCCUUCGGAUCUCUGUUGAGCAACAAGACUAGCAUGAAAGAAUGGACAGAUGUACUGACCAGAAGCAACACUUGCAAUGAGAAGAGAGGAAUUUUACCUAUACUCAAGCUCAGCUACGAUGACUUGCCACCACACAUGAAACAAUGCUUUGCUUUUUGUGCUGUAUUUCCCAAAGAUUAUGAUAUUGAUGUGGAAAUUUUAAUCCAGCUAUGGAUGGCGCAAGAUUUCAUACAGCUGAAGGAAGGCGACAACCUUGAAAAGGCGGGCAGAGAAAUUUUUGACGAGCUAACUUGGAGGUCAUUCUUUCAAGAUGUCAAGCAAAAACCUCAAAGAGAAAAGUGGCAGCUCCGUUCUAGUAGAACAGUAUGCAACAUACACGAUCUUAUGCAUGACAUUGCCUUAUCUGUCAUGGGAAAAGAUUGUGUUACUAUUGGUUAUGGGACUAAUAAGAAGGAGCUGUUGUCGGCAGGCCCUACUCGUCACCUGUUCGUAUCAUAUAGUAAUAUCAGAGCUCUUUUGGAUGAUUAUGUGAAGAAACAUUCUCCAGCUCUCCAGACACUGUUAUAUACAGAUUAUUCCACUUUUGGCUCAGCACCACACAUGUCGCUACGAGCACUGAAAUAUGAAUUGAGAAAGUUUCCACUGACACCAAGGCACUUACUGCACCUGAGAUAUCUUGAUCUCUCAAAUAACUGGUAUAUGAAAGAUCUUCCGAAGGAAAUAAGCAUACUGUAUCAUCUACAGACUCUUAACCUUUCUAAUUGCAAGUGUCUUGUUCGACUUCCAAAGGAUAUGAAGUAUAUGACAAAUCUCUGUCACCUCUAUACUAAUGGAUGCAGAUCACUGGAGUGCAUGCCUCCAGACCUCGGGCAACUCACUUCUCUACAGACUCUAACGUAUUUUGUGGUGGGUUCUAGUUCUGGUUGUAGUACUAUUGGGGAACUACAGGAGUUAAAUAUUGGCGGUGAAUUAGUGCUAUCUCGUCUUGAGCAUGUAACUGAAGACCAUGCCAAAGCAUCCAGCCUUGGAAAUAAAGAGAACCUAACACAUUUAUCUCUUGAAUGGAGCGAUGACAACAGUGAGGAACUGGACCAGCAAAGGAAUGUGCUUGAUGCUCUCAAACCUCAUGCUGGGCUGCAGUUUCUAAAAAUACACUCCUACAGAGGUACUGGCUUUCCAUCAUGGGUGACAAGUCUUACUUCUCUGCAGCAUCUGACCGAGCUCCACCUAGAUGGUUGUACGAUGUGUGAGGAAUUUCUGCAAUUCGGUCAAGUUAAGGCUCUCAAAGUCCUUGUUUUGAGAAAUUUGAGCAAAUUGCAAAGCUUAUGCAGUCACGAUUCAUCUGCAGCAUUUUCAGCAUUAAAAGACCUCACAUUAGAAAAUUUGGAAAUUCUUGAGAGAUGGGUGGCAAUAGAUGGAGAAGAGUUAACAUUUCCUCUACUUGAGAAUGUUAGAAUUAAGAAAUGCCCAAAGCUAACAACUCUGCCUGAAGCACCAAAACUCAAAGUUAUGCAGCUAAUAGAAGACAAGGUUCAUCUAUCCUUAUCAGUAUUUAGAGCAUCUCCAGCCGCAUCGAGGUGCAUGUCUUACUUGUCUGACUUAUUACUCGAUAUCAUGGAUACCGAAGCAACACCAGCACUAAUGCUUGAUCAAGAUCAUGAAGUGUGUAUUUCGACAAUGCAGCUGAUUCAUUGCAGCGUUUUGUUCUCCUCAAAUCCAUUGCAGCCAACAGUUGGGGUCUGGAAAUGGUUUCAUCAGCUUGUGGAUUUGAAGAUUAUAGGUUGCCACAUGCUCAUCUGCUGGCCUGAAGAAGAGUUCCGAAGCUUGGUAUCAUUGAAGAAAUUGUCAGUUUCUAUUUGCAGCAAGCUAAUAGGCCCCACCAAAGUGAAAGGAAACUGUACUCGAGGAAGGGAUCAGCUCCUGUCAAAUCUUAAAGAGCUACAAAUAAUCAAUUGUGAAAGCUUGACAGAGCUUUUCGUUCUUCCCCCAUCUCUCACUCGUAUUACCAUUAUAUCCUGUGAUAGUCUUGAGUUCAUACCGGGGCGGGAUGAUAGAGAGUUGGAGAGUCUACAACAUUUCGAUACACCAGCGUCGGCGGAAAACUGCAAUGACCUUACAACCACAAGUAUGACAGAGCAGUCUGCUUCACCUAGAACUAAUCCUUUGCCAUGUCUCGUGUCUUUAGAUAUAUCUGGCUGUCCGAAACUUCGUUUGGUGUCAGCGCAGUUGGAUGCACUCAUAGAUUUAAGUUUUAUGGAAUGUAGUGGUCUGGAGUCACUGGACUGUUUGGGAGACCUACCAUCACUUGAAUCACUACUUCUUGGGAAAUGCAGACAUCUGAAGUCCUUACCAGGUAGACUUGGAAAUUACUCAGCCCUUCAGAAGCUCACCGUUAGAUACUGCCCAGCUAUAAAUAUGAAGCCAAUUUAUGGACACCUCCAACACCGGCUCAAUAGCCUUGAAUACAAGGAUAUAUCUCAUGUUUGUUCAAGCGAUCCUGACGAAGGGCCGAAACUAUGGGAACCAAAAUCUUGGAAAUAUGCUAUUCAUCGACGUCACUGAGCCGGCUGCUUCACUCGACUAAUGAACAGAGGCAAGCACACCAUUUAUGUUUGUGGAAAUA